AACAGUCGGGAUCAACAAAAUAAUACCAUUUUCAAUUUCCUUUAUUUUUUCUUCUCAUCACGCGUCAACCCAUCACUCUUCUAAAAAUAUUCCACCUUCGCCUCCAUUCCUCUGCUCUCUCCGAACAAUACCCAAAUUGUUGAUCCUUCCUUCAAUCGUUGGUGAUUCCCUCGUUCUAGUUAGAGGCUAGAGAUCCUCUCUAGAUACACCCUUUCGGGUCAGUGUAGGUUAGUUCUGGCUUUUGAUUGAACACACCUGGUGCUGCUAAUUAUGGCUAACGAUGCGUCAGCUUGUGCGGAGAGGGCGACAAGUGAUAUGUUGAUUGGUCCUGAUUGGGCUAUCAACAUUGAGCUUUGUGAUAUCAUUAACAUGGAUCCAAGGCAAACGAAGGAUGCAUUAAAAGUACUGAAAAAGAAGCUAGGCCACAAAAAUCCAAAAAUUCAAAUACUAGCACUUGUCGCACUGGAGACCCUUACCAAGAACUGUGGAGAGAAUGUGUUUCAGCUGAUCAUUGAGCGUGAUAUAUUAAAUGAUAUGGUUAAGAUUGUGAAGAAGAAGCCAGAUUUGAAUGUUAGAGAAAAGAUACUUACCCUGAUAGACACAUGGCAAGAAGCACUUGGGGGGCCAACUGGGAGGUACCCUCAGUAUUAUACUGCAUAUAAUGGACUGAGGGCUGCCGGAAUUCAAUUCCCACCCAGGGAAGAAAACAGUGUGCCACUGUUCACUCCUCCCCAAACACUAGCAAUAGCGCCUCCACCUAUUGCGUAUGAAGAUGCUGCAAUUCAGGCAUCUCUCGAGUCUGAUGCUUCUGGCCUGAGCUUACCGGAGAUUGAAAAUGCUCGCGGUGUAGCGGAAGUAUUAAUGGAAAUGCUUAGUGCCCUGGACCCUAAGAACCCUGAGGGUUUGAAGCAAGAAUUGAUUGUUGAUCUCAUUGACCAGUGUCGUUCCUAUCAAACAAGAGUACUGCUUCUUGUGAACAACACAGCGGACGAGGAACUCCUCGCACAGGGAUUGGCAUUGAAUGAUAACUUGCAGCGCGCCAUUCGCCGCCACGAUGAUAUUGCCAAUGGAACAGCUGGUCAAGUAGGGUCGCAAAAAAUAGAAACCCCGUUGGUGCCACUUGUUAAUGUUAACCAUGAAGAUGAUGACUCAGAUGAUGAUUUCUCCCAGUUGGCUCAUAGAUCAUCGAGGGAGAAUUUACAUGGACAGGGCCGGAAGCCAACCAGUGUGAGGACGCCACCACGUGCUGCCACUCCAUUCCUUCCUCCACCACCUUCAUCGAAGAAGCCGGUGAGCUCAGAGUCUCCCGCAGUUGACUACCUCAGUGGAGACUUAUAUAAAUCUUCUGGAGGUUCAUCCCUUGACAACACAUUAGAACCACCACCUUUCACAGUGCCAGCACAUCUCAGACCACGCUCCUCCUCCCCUCCAUAUUCCCCUACAUCAUCUCCCCCACGGCCUCCACCUCCCCCUUUUCCUUCCUCCCCUCCAAUGUUUGCCGGCAAGCCCAUAUUUGACGAACCGGCUCCACGGAGCAAAUCUCCUGAUCAGCUACCUCCAGCUCCAUGGGAAUCACCUUCUACUGUAAGUCUGCCACCCCCACCUGGCAGGCAUAAUCAGAGACAACAAUUUUUUGAUCACCCUGGUGGUAGUAGCGGCUCUGGUUCCUCUUACGACAGCGUAGUUGGUCAAGCUCAGAACUUGUCUCUAAAUUCGUCUGCUGCACCGAAGAAGGAUGCAAAACCAGAGGAUGUCCUGUUUAAGGAUCUUGUGGAUUUCGCGAAAUCCAAGUCGUCGAAACCCCCCAGCGAUAGAUCAUAUUGAGGUGUGAUGGUUUUAUUGGUACAGCUUGAGUUUACAUCUUCAAUAGUCACCUGGGUUUUGACCCCUUUUGUUCAUUGAGAUAGAUGCGAAUUAAUAAAAGAAAAGGCUGGUUCAAGCUUUUUGUGUAUGUAUGGUGAGUCUUGGUAGUCAUUGGAUCUGAGGUUUUUAAUGGGUAAGAGUAAAUUGCUGCUUCUUGCAUGUUUGCUCUGACUGAAGAAUGUUCUAUGUAUCAUAUUCUUAUGCUUUUUGAAUCCUAUUGAUGAUUUCGUUUAUCCCCAUUACGCCUUGUAUGUUUAUGUUGCUAGAUGUUUUAACUGGUUAGCAUGUGACCCUGGUAGUU